ACUUCCAUCCUACUUAUUUGUUGUGUUUGAACUGCUUUGGAUAAGAUUGACAAGGUGUUGUAAUAUCACAAGAUAUAAAUUAUGGCGGCAGCGCUGAUGUCUCGUUUUUUGUUAUUCUACCUCCCUUCCUGAAGAUGGAGCUGAGGCGUCAAACUACUAAAGGCUGAAAAGAGUGGAAACGGUUCAUGAGCGUAAAGCCCCUCCUCUUUCGUGCUUUGGCGCGCAGCGUUCCGGUGCAGUGGUGUCGCUACACCGUGGUUCUGCCACCAUAGCUUCGGCAAGGCUGGUGAAAAUAUGGCGGGCAUGAGUGCUUCAGCACCCGGCGCGGUUUCACCCGCGGGUCCAGUUCAGCAAGGGUUAAAGGAGGCUUUAAUUGAGACACUUACUGCCAUUCUUUCGCCGGUUCAAGAAGUGCGUGCCGCUGCGGAGGAACAAAUUAAGGUGUUAGAAGUGACAGAAGAGUUUGGAGUUCACCUUGCUGAGCUCACUGUUGACCCCCAGGGAGCACUUGCUAUACGCCAGCUUGCUUCUGUCGUUCUGAAGCAGUAUGUUGAAACCCACUGGUGUGCCCAGUCAGAGAAGUUCAGGCCACCAGAAACUACUGAAAGGGCCAAAGCAGCAAUCCGUGAGCUUCUGCCAGGUGGCUUGCGGGAAGCCAUCAGUAAGGUGCGUUCCAGUGUGGCCUAUGCAGUGUCAGCCAUCGCUCACUGGGACUGGCCUGAGGCCUGGCCCCAGCUCUUCACACUUCUUAUGGACAUGCUAGUCAGUGGAGACGUCAAUGCUGUACAUGGCGCCAUGAGAGUCCUCACAGAGUUUACCCGAGAAGUGACAGACACACAGAUGCCCCUGGUUGCGCCUGUCAUUUUGCCAGAGAUGUACAAAAUCUUCACCAUGGCAGAGGUUUACAGUAUUCGUACACGAUCCAGAGCAGUCGAGAUCUUUACCACCUGUGCCAACCUUAUCUGUGCUAUUGAGGUAUUUGAAAAGGGUGCUGCCAAAGCUCUGAUUUUUCCUGUGGUCCAGCAAUUCACUGAGGCGUUUGUACAGGCCUUGCAGAUGCCUGAUGGACCCACUUCAGAUAGUGGCCUCAAGAUGGAGGUCCUCAAGGCUGUGACUGCGCUAGUCAAAAACUUCCCCAAAUCUAUGGUGUCCUCCAUGCAACAAAUUCUUCCCAUUGUUUGGAAUACACUGACAGAAAGUGCUUCUUUUUACGUGAGAACAGAAGUCAACUACACAGAAGAAGUGGAUGAUCCAGUUGACUCUGAUGGGGAGGUUCUUGGCUUUGAAAACCUGGUCUUCAGCAUCUUUGAAUUUGUCCACACACUUCUGGAUAACAACAAGUUUAAGAGCACAGUCAGGAAAGCCCUACCAGAACUCAUUUAUUACAUCAUUCUCUACAUGCAGAUUACAGAGGAUCAGAUCAAAGUUUGGACUGCCAAUCCUCAGCAGUUUGUUGAGGAUGAAGAUGAUGACACCUUUUCUUAUUCUGUUCGAAUAUCUGCCCAAGAUUUAUUGCUGGUGGUGGCAGCAGAGUUCCAGAACGAGAGUGCUGCAGCUUUAGCAGCAGCUGCAACAAGGCACCUCCAGGAGGCAGAGCAGGCCAAGAAUGCUGGCAGUGAGCACUGGUGGAAAAUCCAUGAAGCCUGCAUGCUGGCUCUGGGCUCAGUCAAGACCAUCAUCACAGAGAAUGUUAAGAAUGGUCGUGUGCAGUUUGAUAUGCAUGGCUUCCUUGCGAAUGUCAUCCUCUCUGAUCUCAAUCUAGCAACUGCCUCUCCCUUCCUGCUGGGCCGGGCUUUGUGGGCAGCCAGUCGCUUUACUGCAGCCAUGUCCCCAGAGCUCAUCCAGCAGUUUCUGCAAGCAACAGUGAGUGGUCUACAUGACAGCCAGCCACCGUCUGUCCGUAUCUCUGCUGUGCGUGCUAUCUGGGGGUACUGUGAUCAAUUGAAGUUGUCGGAGAGCACCCACGUCCUGCAGCCCUACCUGCCUAGUAUCUUGGAGGGGCUGGUACAGUUGGCUGCACAGUUCAGUUCAGAAGUCCUCACCUUAGUCAUGGAGACCCUUUGCAUUGUGUGUACAGUGGAUCAAGCUUUUACCACUAGUGCAGAGAACAAGAUCUGCCCUCUCACCAUUGCCAUCUUCCUUAAAUACAGCAAUGAUCCUGUGGUGGCGUCCUUAGCCCAGGACAUCUUUAAGGAGCUGGCUCAGAUUGAGGCCUGCCAGGGCCCUAUGCAGAUGCGCCUCAUCCCUACGCUUGUCAGCAUCAUGCAGGCGCCGCCUGAUAAGAUUCCUUCAGGCCUUUGUGCUACAGCUAUUGAUAUCCUGACAACAGUUGUUCGGAACACUAAACCUCCUCUGUCUGAGAUACUUGUGUGCCAGGCUUUCCCUGCCGUGGCCCAGUGCACCCUUCGCACUGAUGACAACACAACAAUGCAGAACGGUGGCGAGUGUUUGCGGGCCUAUGUCUCAGUGGCUCUGGAACAGGUGGGCCGGUGGCAGGACGAGCAGGGACAUAGUGGCCUGUGGUAUGUCAUGCAGGUCGUCAGUCAGCUUCUGGACCCCCGCACGUCUGAGUUCACUGCAGCCUUCGUGGGCCGCCUGGUUUCCACCCUGAUAGCCCGUGCAGGCACACAGCUGGGGGAGCAGCUGGACCAAGUAUUACGUGCCAUUCUCAGCAAGAUGCAGCAAGCUGAGACUCUGAGUGUUAUGCAGUCUCUAAUCAUGGUGUUUGCCCACCUGGUCCACUCACAGCUAGAACCUCUGUUGGAGUUCUUGUCCAGUCUUCCUGGGCCCACAGGAAAGCCAGCCCUGGAAUUUGUCAUGACUGAAUGGAUGAGCCGCCAGCAUCUCUUCUAUGGGCAGUAUGAGGGCAAAGUCAGUGCUAUAGCUUUGUGUAAACUCCUUCAGCAUGGUCUUAAUACCAAUGACAAGCGUCUGCAAGACAUAGUAGUCAAAGGGGAGGAAAUUUUUAACCAAGAUGAAGGAAUUCGCACACGCUCCAAAUCUGCCAAAAAUCCAGAACGAUGGACCAACGUUCCCUUGCUGGUGAAGAUCUUUAAACUUAUUGUCAAUGAACUGUCCUCUGUAGUGGAGGCUAAUGCAAAUAGAGCAAAUCCUGCAGACUGGAGUCAAGAUUCAGGAGGAAUGUGGGAGGAUCAAGAGGAGGAUGAGGAGGAGGAGGAUGAUGAUGAAGGAUUAGAAGGGCAGCUUCUUUCAGACCUCAUAUCUUCUAACAAAUAUGAUGAUGAUUAUUAUGAGGAUGAUGAUGAAGAUGAUCCAGAUGCCUUGAAGGAUCCUAUAUAUCAAAUUGACCUUCAGGCCUAUCUGACAGAUUUCCUGACUCAGUUUGCCCAGCAGCCUUGCUACAGUAUGUUUUCUGGCCAUCUAAAUGAUUCUGAGACAAGAGUCUUGCAGUCCAUUGGUAUCUAAGCUGUACCUUUUCCCCAUUAUCAGUGAAAAAACUGUCCUUUUUCAGUGUUUACCACUUGCUCAUACGUUUCCAAAAUGGACUGGAGUGGACUUGGAAAGCCAUUUUAACUGGCACUUGCAAAACCCAAGCACAACUAAGGAGCGUUUUUCAAAGAUGAUGCACUUGUUGACAUGCCCUGCCCCAUCUGAUGGUCUGUUGAAGGAAACACAAACAAAAAAUGUUAUAGAAAAGGAAAAGGUGAGAAUCAUCCUGGAUGGACCCCAGAGAGGAUUAGGAGGGUGGAGCAAAUGAUAGUUAUUAGGGCACAAAUAUUGCCCAGUGGACAAAAGCGAAGCUUUCGGCGUAAUGAAAAGGGUUAGAAAAGGGAUCGGUGAGUUUUUGCAAAGGGACCGAUAUCAGUAUAGAAAUGGUUAAGAAGUAUCAACUGUUGUCCAUUUAUAAUCCUCUCACAUUACCAAUUCAUGGUGGUCUAAAAUCUUUCUGUAAAGGAAGGCAUAUUUUGGCAGAUGAACUUUAACUUUGAAAAGUUGGAAAUAUUGGCGGCCUUAUCGGACCAAACAAAUUUGUCAUUAUAAGCUUUUAUAAGCUGUGUUUAUGGCUGUGCAGUGUGGUGGGUAUGAUGGAUUCAUAGUGUUGCCAUGGUGAUCUAAAGCCUGUUUGUGUCCUUGUACCCACUGGAGUUUUGGAUGAGGUUUCAAAAUAAAAGGCCCAUGAAAGUGUCAUUUUCAAA